UGAAAGAGCACCAGAAGAUUCUAAACGAUAUUUAUUUAAUCUAAAUUAAAUUAAUGUAUGUAUAUUAGUGAAUUUUUAAAAUCUUCAAUAAAAAACUGAAUAAAUCCGAAUCCGAAUUAAAAAUACAAAGUUGUUUUACGAAUGCAAAUUACGAAUGCAAAUUAAAAAAAAUAUAUGUAAAAAAUUGACAAUUGUGUGGAUUUUGUAAACUUUAUUGAUAAUUACAAAUGCUGAAUUAACAAUUUCGUGUUUACAAUAUUAAUUCAGUGUAAUCACUAAUCUCUCUGGGGCUACAUUAUCUCUGACCAAUAGAACAUUAUAUAUGAUCAUGCCCCACUCGUCUCACUAUCGUGUUUACAAGAUAUAACAGUGUAAUUAAAUUUUAAAGUAUCAGAUGCGGAGAUGCGAUCUUCAAAGCUGCUACAGAUAAGAAGUUGCUCGUGCAAUCUAACUACUUAUACAAAAAGCGAUACGUUACAACGUUAAUGCGUUCCGGAAUUUUUUUUUCAUAUGAAUAUUCGUCUUCUAUCGACGUGCAACAUCUUAUUUUUCAGCUCCACGAUCUCCACAUGUCAGGUUAUGUCAGCUAUGAAAUUCGAUGUUGUGCCGGUGAAAAGUACUCUUGUCCACUACUCCACUCUCGCUUCUUUCUGUUGUCGCGUUCUAAAAGGUAUUUCGCACGCGGCCAAUCGCAAGCGGAAUCGCAGCAAUUUGAGCAGCAGCAGCGUGAUUCGGCAUUCCGCGCGUCAUGGAAACGGUACCGGUAAGAAUUUGAAUCAACUGGGCCGGGCGGAGGAACGUGAAACGUGCGAAGAUCGGUUUGUCGAGGGAUAGACGUUUACCGGUGUUUUCGAACGUGGUUUUUCUAUCCGUGGGAGAUAUCGCGAUUCAACAUGGCUUGGGUGCCGUUGGAGUCGAAUCCAGAGGUUAUGACGAAGUUCCUUCACAAGUUGGGUGUUCCAAAGAAGUGGUCAAUCUUAGAUGUUUACGGUUUCGAGUCGGACUUGCUGGCGUUCGUUCCUAGACCUGUUCUUGCCGUCAUUCUGCUUUAUCCUACAAAGACUGAGAAGACUGAGGAGGACAAAGCAGAAGUUAAGGAUAACAAGACUGAUGUGCCAGAUUCUGUUUACCAUAUGAAGCAAUCUAUUUCGAAUGCGUGUGGGACCAUUGCGUUACUUCACAGCGUGGCGAAUAACUUGGACGCCAUACAGUUGGAGGAUGGCUUUCUCAAGAAGUUCUUAGAUGAGACCAAAGGACUGUCUUACCUUGAACGUGGCGAGCGUUUGGACAAAGCGCAAGGCAUCAUUGAUACUCACAUGGAAUCUGCCCAGGAAGGACAGACCGAGGCGCCAGCUGAAGAUGCAGAGGUGUACCAUCACUUUGUCGCGUUUGUACAUAAAAAUGGUUCCCUGUACGAGCUGGACGGCCGAAAGCCUGCGCCUAUCAAUCACGGUUCUACUACGUCAGAGACACUCCUAGACGAUGCCGCUCGUGUGUGCAAGGAAUACAUGGAACGCGAUCCCAACGAAGUGCGUUUCACGGUGGUCGCACUCGCUGCCAACGAGUAAACGGAGUCCUCAUCCUCAAGUGCAUUCGCCUUUAAGCUGAUUUAAGCCCAAAGAAUUUAUUUUAUAUGUUAUAACAAUGUUACAUACAUUUCGCUUCGGCAACGCAUUUGUUUUGUCAGUUUUCUUAAUUGCCAGCUUUUUUAACACUGUGUAGCAUGUUAAUGAAAAAAUUUAUAUACACAGUUGUAUAAA